UAAUGUUCCUAUAGAAAAACAAAGCCCUAAUUACCCCCUCUCCCACCAGCUUAUUCUCCAGCUGAGCCAUAUUGCACAAGGUUGGCUACUGCACCCUCUCUUGCACCACCUGCGCUCACUGCGGCUUCUCUUGCACCUCCUGUGGCCUCUCUUGCACCUGCUGCGCUCACUCCGGCCUCUCUUGCACCUCCUGCGCGCACUCUGGCCUCUCUUGCACCUCCUGUGCGCACUCCGGCCUCUCUUGCACCUCCUGCGCGCACUCCGGCCUCUCUUGCACCUCCUGCGCGCACUCCGGCCUCUCUUGCACCUCCUGCGCGCACUCCGGCCUCUCUUGCACCUCCUGCGCGCACUCCAGCCUCUCUUGCACCUCCUGUGUGCACUGCGGCCUCUCUUGCACCUCCUGCGCGCACUCCGGCCUCUCUUGCACCUCCUGCGCGCACUCCGGCCUCUCUUGCACCUCCUGCGCGCACUCCGGCCUCUCUUGCACCUCCUGCGCGCACUCCGGCCUCUCUUGCACCUCCUGCGCGCACUCCGGCCUCUCUUGCACCUCCUGCGCGCACUCCGGCCUCUCUUGCACCUCCUGCGCGCACUCCGGCCUCUCUUGCACCUCCUGCGCGCACUCCGGCCUCUCUUGCACCUCCUGCGCGCACUCCGGCCUCUCUUGCACCUCCUGCGCGCACUCAGGCCUCUCUUGCACCUCCUGCGCGCACUCAGGCCUCUCUUGCACCUCCUGUGUGCUCUCUGGCCUCUCCUGCACCUCCUGCGCUCACUGUGGCACCUCCUGCGAUCCCUGCGGCCUCUCUUGCACCUCCUGCGCUCACUCUGCUUUUACACUUUGUGGUGCCUCAGCGCUGAGCAGUCGGAUCUCCCGGGGCAGAGCCCUCCUACACACAGGAACUGGCAGUUAGUCACAGACACAAGAAGAUGGCUGCAUAUCUGCUUUGAAGCUACUCGGUACUCGUCCUAUGACUCCCACACCCAACAUCUCCGUGGGGAACUUUCUGCCCCUCAUCACUGUGAUUCUGGGGCUCUUGUCGCUACUCGUCAGUCUCUGCACUUUCUGCAGAAGGAGGAAGAAGAGGAGGAUGCAGAGGGUGCAGAGCAGGUAUCCCAGUGGGGUGGCGUUAGUGGAUGUGUCUCUGCUGCGUCAAACCCAGCUGCGCUCUCUCAGUAAGUCUGACACCAAACUGCAUGAGAUCCAAAGACCUCGACAAGGAUACCCCCAGCUCAGGCCAAUCAGUAUGGACCCUGUGUACCCUCCUUCCAGGUGGAAAGUCCCAUGCCCCCCAGCUGAUAAUGAUGUCACUUACUCCAACCUGACUUUUGCUCCUCAACCAUCCAAGAGCAGUGGGCAUGAGAGUUUGGGCUUAACAGUUGAGCUGAAUGGCCCAGCCGGUGGUGAUACAGAAUAUGCCUUUGUACGGAAAGGGAACAAGGGUGGAGGUUUAGGAGGCCAGAAGCAGCACCAGUUGUCCAUGGAAGCAUCUCCCUCCCCUGAGCCGGAUGCUCUCAAGCUGGAGGAGAUGUACUCUAAAGUGAAUAAGAAGAAGAACAAGAAGCCCAUGGACAUAUUGAUCAGACAGGGGGCUAAUGAGAAUGCUCCAGCCUUCAGCAUUCCCCUGACUGCUGGCAAUCCCCCCAAACGGGUUCCUUCUACCCAAUCAGAGGAGAACCUGUAUGAAAGCAUCUGUGAGAUGGGCAGCUAUGCCUCAGAGCCUGAUGUGAAUGGGGAGGGGGGGUUUAUCACAGAAUUUUAGCUUUCCCCACACUAAUACUGGGAGAGACUGCCGAAUGAGGGCACGCGUGGGUCCCCCAAGCUUCAAGGGCUGACAGCAUGAGAUGAGUACA